AUGGGACUGGCAGGUGCUAAACAGAAUACCAAGAUUGGAAAAGACCCUAGAAACACACAUUGGUCAAAUGACACACUAAGAUUUGGUCACCAGCAUUUAGUCCGGUUAGGUUGGAACAAGGGGAAUGGACUUGGUCAACGGCAGCAUGGUAACAUAUCUCAUAUUAAGAUGGCAGUGAAGCGGGAUAAUUGUGGGCUUGGUGCUCGAGUACGGAAUCCGUAUAAAAGGGGAGGGAAUGAUGAUGGGUUAGGUAUGGCAGGAGAUGAUGGGUUUGUUCAAGGAUUAGAUGUAUUUCAAAGGAUUUUAGGGCGGUUGAAUGGAGAAGAAGAAAGGGUAGAACGAGCACUUGGAACACAACGGAAAAUGGUAGUGGAGGAAAAUCCCAAGUUUGGGAUGCAGUUUGUGUAUGGUGGAUUAUUGCAAGGAACGAUUGAUGAGAAUGGUAAGAUUAUAAAGGGAGGAAGUGAGAAGAGUGAUGAGAAGAAGGAAAAGAAAAAAGAAAAGAAGGAUAAGUUGGAUAAGUUGGAUAAGUUGGAUAAGUUGGAUAAGUUGGAUAAGAAGAAGGAAAAGAAGGAUAAAUCUGAUAAGAAAGAAAAGAAGAAGGAAAAGAAGGACAAAUCUGAAAAGGAUAAUAAAAAAGAAAAGUCAGAAAAGAAGUCUAAGAAGCGAAAGCUAGAAGAAGAUGAUGAUGAAGAUGAUCAAGUGAAGAAAAGCAAAAAGGAUAAGAAAGAAAAGAAAGAAAAGAAAGAAAAGAAAGACAAGAAAGAAAAGAAGUCGAAAAAAUCUAAAGAAAGUUCACCUGAAUCUUCAUCGUCUUCUUCUUCAUCUUCUUCAUCUUCAUCAGAAUCAACAUCUUCAUCAGAAUCAACAUCUUCGGUUGCAGCGACAGGUAGCGCAGCACCAACCGCACUUAAAGGAAUCCAUGCGACGCGGGCCCGUUGGAUUCGAAGUAAGCGAGCAGCAACCAUGGACUCUAAAAGUCUUGGAGAGAUUUUUAUGGUUUAA